AACCGUCCCGUCAUACCUCGCGUGGCCAACGGCUCUCCACCGAAAGCUGGCUCAUUGAAUUAUUGUACCCAGGCUGUUCAGCUCAUUUCAGGCUAAUAACUUGGAGCUACAAGGGUUGGACUUGCUUAUUACACACCUACAACUCGCCGCACUCUUCCCCGGCCGUCUGUUUAUCUCGCUGCGGCGGUGGGGCGUGCUUUCCUGGGCUCGCUGACUGGGUUUGGUCGGGGAGUCAGGGGGAAGUACGGAACUGGUCCCGAGUGAUGAUGGAGCUGGAGUCGGCCAGUAAUAGAGGAGAACUGGGAGCAGUGGGGGACUCUGGCCAGCCACCGACCCCGAGCAGACAUGAGAAGAGCUUGGGGCUGCUCACCACCAAGUUUGUGACUUUAUUACAGGAGGCAAAGGACGGAGUGUUGGACCUGAAAGCGGCUGCAGAUACAUUGGCAGUGCGGCAGAAAAGACGCAUUUACGACAUCACUAAUGUGUUAGAGGGAAUUGGACUUAUAGAGAAGAAGUCCAAGAACAGUAUCCAAUGGAAGGGUGUAGGUCCAGGUUGUAACACCAGGGAGAUUGCCGAUAAGCUGAUCGAUCUGAAAGCGGAGCUCGAUGAUCUGGCUCUCAGGGAAAAUGAGCUGGACCAGCAGAGAGUCUGGGUCCAACAGAGCAUCAAGAACGUCACAGAUGACACCAACAAUAGCCCUAUGGCAUAUAUAAAACAUGAAGACCUCUGUGGAGCUUUCAAAGGUGACACACUCCUAGCAAUUCGUGCGCCCAAUGGGACACAACUAGAGGUGCCCAUACCAGAGUCUGUCCUCAAUGGUCAAAGGAAGUACCAGAUCCGUCUCAAGAGUUCAUCUGGUCCCAUCGAGGUUUUGCUGGUGAAUAAGGACCCAUCUAGUGCCUCUCCUGUUGUUUUGCCCGUCCCUCCUCCGGAUGACAUCCUCCAGAACCUCCCAGCACCUACCUCCCAGUCAGCCGCCGCUGCCUCCCAGGUCCACAGAAAUGUCCCCAAAGCAGUUCCAGCAGCUUCUAUAAAACCUGGUCCUGCCUCAAUAACCGCAUCAACACCAGUGACAGAAGUGACGAGCACCACACUACUCACACCAACAGAUACACCUGCUGCAGUCACUCAGCAACUGCAGUCUUCUGCGUCAUUAGACGGAUCUGUGUCCUCAUCCGCCUCUGCGGUAUUUGAACCGAUUAAGUCGGAUCCCUCUGAAUUGCUGGACUUCCCCAAAGAACUCUCAGAAAUGUUUGAUCCAACAAAAGAAAUUAUGAGUGGAGAUUUGUUGGAGGAUUUGAUGGCAUCAGAAGUGUUCUCGCCGCUACUCCGCCUGUCCCCUCCACCCAGCGACCAUGACUACAUAUACAACCUGGAUGAGACAGAAGGCCUGUGCGACCUCUUUGACGUCCCUAUUCUCAACCUCUGACCUCCGAGUCUGUCGUCAGUGCAGGAAACAGUUGCCCUCACAUGCUGAUCUCUCUUCAUUGUGUCCCAAGUUUUCCCCCUUGCUGUCAGGGAAGGUAAGGAGAGGUGUGAGAAAGCCGUUAUGAUCUGACAAGCCUUCAAGGACACCUCUGCACCGACACAGCGAGCUCAAGCCGAGCACAGUCAGACAGUAGCUCGAUGUACAGCCUCCUGCAGAAAUACAGAACAAAACAUUUUUAUUCACUGCUUUUCCAAGGAAACGGAGUCAAAAGAAAUAUAGACAGAUGACUAUAUUUUUGGAUUAUUGUGUAUUAUAAAUCUACAUGUUUUUGUGUAUUAGCUUAACUGUGUGCUUGUGAGUGAAUGUAUAAGCAUUCUUUACAUGGGUGUGGUUGUGUGUCUGUGUGCCUGCUUCUUGUCUUUGAAUUGAACACUCUUUUAUUUUAAGUCAGACGCCUCCAGGAAAAGAAGAAAGAAACCUAUCAGAGCAUAGCCUUCAUCUCCCAGGCAGCUGUUCACUUGUGGCUUGAAUGAGUUCAAGCAUAACUGGUUAAAUAUGCACUGUCCUCAUGUACAUAGAGAAUAUAUAUUUUGUAAUAUCUCACAAAAGAUAAUUGUUUUUAUUACGGACUACAUGUGAGACACAGGCAGAGCAAAAAUACAAAAAAGGGUUAAUGACACAAAUGAAGCGCUGAAGUAAAGUAUUGCUGAGUUCCAGUUCCUGCACGAUGAUCUUAAACUAAGCUAUUGAUGCAAAUUAACUUUAUUAAGUAAUAAGCCACGGACCAAAAGAAAACAAUACCAGGCUAAGGGGGGAAGUUUUUAGAGUAAUACCUUUUUCCAUUAAUCUGUAGUAGGCAGGGUUGCAAGAAUACAAAUGUAUUUUUGAAUUUUGUUUUUUAAAAUAUCACAUUCUGAAUAUGGAUGCUCUGUUCUGAGCUAUUCAUCAGAUGAGUAAGGACAGACACACAUGCUUCACAUAAACAGAUGAGGCAGUCUCUCCACCCAUAUUGACAGGUUUUAUUGCAUGUAUUGUCCUCUUUUAAACCCUUUUCUUUUUUUAGAGUUGCUCUCAAGUGUAGGCAGUUGAUGCCAAUGCUUGAAUUGCAAACACCCAAAGGACACGUGUGUAUUUGCUUAGUUGAUGAGCCUUUUUUGAGUGCUCGCUUUCUCUGAGCUGCCCUGUGAUUGGUCUACAAAGUCUUUAGCCUGAUUUCCCCAAGUCUGGAAACUGAGCCCAAAGAAGGUGCAGGAGUCUCGUUCUCUCCCAGAUCACUUGAUGAUUGAAAUAUUAUCUUAGAAUUAUUAUUUCUCAUCAAAAACAUUUAGCCUACUACCGCUACUGCUUUUAGCAAAAUCUAAACGUCUCCUGUAAACUCCAUAUUAUAACUACCAUGUUCUUAUACUGGUAGAAUAACGCCACUUCCGCACCGAGUAGUUUGAUUAUUAAGAGAAAUAAAAAAUAAGCAUGCCUUCAGUUUAAUUUGUCACGAUUGGACCUUGUCCAUGUACAACUUAAAUGGUGCACAUCAGAAGUAACUUAUUUCCCCCCUUUUCCAGAUUCAGUUUUGUUGUGAUUAUUUUUUAACUAUAAUGUUUGUAUAUGAAUACCAUCGUACUCAGUUAAUUUGUAUGUAAAAGGAUGUGUAUUUUUGAUGUGUUUUUAUCAUGCAUAUAGUCACCGUGUCAUUAAAUAUGACCAUGUUUUUGUAUAUUUGGCACAGUUACUGUUUGUCAUGUUUAUGUUUUAUUCCUUUUCCAGUCUGUCUGUUCAUCCUUGUCAAUAAUCAACAAUUACAUUUUUAAAGUUUAAAUAUUCUCUCUCUGCAGGGGAUGGAUUAUUUGUUACCAGUCAAACUGCAUAAUAUCAAUAUUUGUUUGUCUAUGGUGCUUUUUUUUUUCUUCAGUAAAAAUCACUCUUUGUGUAACAAUAUCCUGUUUUUUGCCUAGGAUGACAAAUGUAUGUAUGUAUGUACAGUAUGAACUGUGUAUAUCCUUCUGUACCGCUUGUAUAGAAUAGCAUUUAUUUUUAUACCUGCUAGAUAUAUUAAGACAUGAACAUGGCUAACCAAUUUGCAGCUACACUUAACGUUUUAAGGGAUUUUAUCCACAAAACCUUUCCCGCUUGGUCAAAGCAUUUUGUCUCAUCAUUGCACUUUACAUCACUGUGGACAUACAGGUUCACUCUUGGUAACCAGUGUUGUGGACGACUUUGCGUGAGUAGCUGGAGAGUUUUAACAGUUGAGUCAUGUCCGUGUGCAGACAUGUGAGACGCAAACCUACAGGUUGUUUAUAUUUUAACAGGCUCACUAUUGUAAAGAUGUAGUUGCAUCAAAUGACACAGAAUAAACUCUUUGGUAUUCUUUA